AAUGACUUGCGGUUGGGGGCCACAUCAUUUAGACAUGCACACACAGACACACGCACACAGACACACUCACACACACACAGGAAAGACAGAGAAGAUAGUGAGGAUUGUCUGUAAACUAAAGACACACAGCUUAGAACUAUGAACCUCCACGCUUUGUUCAACCUCUGAAGCUCAACAUGCUGGACAGCUACUACUGAAGCAUCUCAGCUCAUAGAAUGACACCAAACGCCACACUUCCGUUCGUCCUCGUCACCUCAGCCGCCCGAGAUGACAAAGCCAAGGUGGUGGACAUCGAGGCCAUCAUGAACAACUUAAUCAUUGUCCUUUACACGCUGACCAUUGUAUUGGGCACCACGGGCAACUCUGUAGUCAUCUGGGUGGCAGGCUUCAAGCUCAAGCCCACCGUCACCAAUGUGUGGCUGGUCAACCUGGCCGUGGCCGACCUCAUCUUCUGCRUGAGCCGUGUGCUCUCGCUGACCAAGAAGCUCUUCUUCAACUACUGGCCGUUCGGCAUCUUCUUAUGCAAGUUCAAUGGCUUCUUCAAGUAUGCCAACAUGUUCUGCAGUGUGUUCCUGCUCGCCGUCAUCAGCAUGGACCGCACGCUCUGUGUCUGGCACCCCGUCUUUACCAAACGGCGUAGGACGAUCUGCGCCGCCCGCCUGGUGAGCGCCGGCGUGUGGGCWGUGGCGGCCAUUUUGAGCGCCCCCUACUUCACCUACCGCCAGGUUUACCCCGGCAAGAACAACCUGAGCAGGUGCUCGCUAGAUGUCAAGGAGUCAACGAAAGGUGCUAACAGCGCUAAGCUAGCGCUCUACCUAAUGCGCUUCCUAUGCGGUUUCCUGCUUCCUUUCCUCAUCAUCCUCUGCUGCUACAUCCUAGCAGGGUUAGGCAUCCGACGCACCCGCCUGUUGGGCAAGUCACGUCCCCUUCGUAUCUUGGCAUCGCUGGUCUGUGCCUUCUUCCUGUGCUGGGCGCCCUACCACUGUCUCCUACUGGUCAAGAUGGUGAACAGCAACAGUAAGGUGGUGAAGGUGGGGCUGACAGGGGCCACAGGCUUUGCCUACUUCAACAGUUGUGUGAACCCGCUGCUGUACUUCUGUAUGGGGUUGGACAUGAGAGGGUCGAGGUUCAGGCAGAGCUUAGCGGGGGUGUACCGCAGAGCACUAGCCGAUGACAGAGAUGGUCGCUCCACGCAGUCCAACGAGCGCACAGUGGACGAUAGCUCUGGCUCUGCAUCACGACUUGCAAUGGUGAAUGUGGCCAACGUCAGUCUCAAGUGAAUGUGGCCAAAGUCUCAGGGAAGUCACAUUUGGUAUGAGGAGAAGUUUCUGUCCUUAAUAGUUUACAGGCUAGUUAUCCCUGAAUAGCUGAAAAGCUUGUGUA